AUGGCCUCUACCCCAGAGACACAGACAGAACCAGAACCAGAACCAGAAACAUUAUUCUCAAUCCUCACGACUGAACGCUGGCUCCAUAAUGACAUAACGAGUUUCAUUGUAUUCCAGCCUAAUGGAACAGGACAUCUCCUAUUCGGCGGAGAUCUGGCUCCAUCAUUUGUCCGAGGCUUCGACUGGAAAGCCCUCAACACUCCAGCCCUCGAACACACAAUCAACGUUCCAACCAGCAACAACACACGCACUCUCGCGCAUCUCAGUCUAGAAAUAACCAUCACGAACUACGACCCGUUUCCCGAGUACUACGACGAGAAGAACCGCCCAGCUGCACGAACAGAAUACAACGAUCUAAACGAAGAGGGUAUGCUGCCGAAAACGUACACAGUUCGGUUGGAAAGUGGUCGGUUCGCGAUGCCUGUUAUGAUGGAUCUUUAUGGGAAGGAGGACUUUACGGGGUCUCGUAGGAGUAGGUUACGGCUUGCUUUUGAUAAAUCGCCCUAUCGCCCGCGGCAAGAGUGGAAACGGGAGCGAUUUGGAAUUGAUAGUAUGAAAAGGGAGACUGUUAUUUUUGUGGCUCGUGCGAUUCAGGAAAAUACCUGGGAUAACUGUGUUGUUAUUUGA